CACACUGUAGCAGUAGUAGCCACUGUAGCGGUAGUGCGUGUGGAUGAGGUAGGGACGACUUGCCCCAUUCCUACUAUGAUGUAUUCUACGCUGCGAUGACAAUUCACCUAACGAUACCUUGGCAGCAGUACCCAUAGGUUACGGCAUAGGUGUUUGUGCUCCGUAAUAUUUGUUGUUUUGUGUCUGCAUCGCGUCUCAGCCGCGAACUUUUUCGGCGCUGCCGUGUGGUGCUUUGAGCGACGGAUGGUGAUUUCGAUGGAUCCAAAAUGGUCGAGCCCAUCUUUGACUAUCAGUUCCGGCUAAUACUGAUCGGCGACAGUACUGUCGGGAAGAGCACACUGCUCAAAGCGUUCACCGACGGCAAGUAUCACGACGUCUGCGAUCCGACUGUCGGCGUCGACUUCUUCGCAAGGCUCAUCGAGGUUAAGAAGGAUGUGAGAGUCAAGCUUCAGCUGUGGGACACCGCCGGGCAGGAGCGAUUUCGUUCCAUCACGCGCUCCUACUACCGCAACUCUGUGGGCGCCCUUCUUCUAUAUGAUAUAACCAGGAGAACCAGCUUUGAGCACUUGGUCGACUGGCUGUUUGAAGUCAAGCGGCACAUUGAGCCGCACAAGGUCAUCUACCAGGUGGUAGCAUGCAAGGCAGACAUGGAGGUAUCACGGGAGGUGAGCACCGAGGAAGGCCAAGCAUUUGCCGAGUUCUAUGGAGCCAAGUUCGUUGAAACGUCGGCCAAGACGGGCCUCAACGUGGAGCGAGCUUUUGAGACAAUUGCACGCGACAUCUAUGCCAAGGUGGAGUCGGGCGAGUUUCAGCUUGAGGAUGGCUGGGACGGUGUGAAAAUGGGCUUCCUGCGGCCUGGACUGCCUGGAUGCUACAUUGACUUGCUAGAAGCUAAACCAGAAUCCCCAAGCUGCUGCUAGACCGUCCAAUGUAUUUUGCUAACAUAGUGACGUAAUGUGUGCAAACUGUGAAGUGACUGUUGAAUCUAGUGUGUGCCUAGCUAAGCACUUGCCAUAGAUGCUCAGGCGGCAUGUGCAGUCGACAGCUUCUUAGAAAGAGGGACCAGCAAGCCUCUCUUCUUGGCACAGGUGUGCUAUUAAUCUUGGCUUAAUUGUCAGCCUUUACAUAGGCCUAACUGGCGUGUUCCCUGCUUCAUACAUUGUGAGCUCUCACCAAGUUCUGGAAUGUGGAAAUGUGUCUGUGCGAAAGUACAGUGCUAGCUUGUGCUAUUUUGAAAUAGCUACAUGGCCAUGCACCCUGCAUUUCUGGAGGAUAGCUGGACAAACAGCAUUUUUACAGAGCUUUUUGUUUUCUCUGAUGUCUCUGCCUCACUUCUGUAUUCAAAUUACGUCUGGUUACCUUCAUUUAGCCUGCCAGAACUGAACAUGUGACAGUUGUUGUUUCUUGCCAUUAUGUGUGCAGAUAAUUUGACUAAAAGCUUGAAUAUCCAUGGCUAAAGAUGAGCAUUUGUCAUGAUUGGGAAGAAUGAGUGACAGAUCCAAAACUUCACAGAAAUUUUGUGUGCUAGUGUAAAGCAAAACAGGAGACAGUACUAUGUGCUAGCUACAAGAUAAUGAAGGCUGUGUUAAUAUUUCUGAAUGCUGUGGGGGUUUAUGGUGGUAGCAUUAGAUGUGCAAACUCAAGUUGCCAGCAAGUCAGGUUGAUGUGAACUGGUUUCUCCUACAAAACUUUAUAAAUGUUCACAGUAUUUAUUUUUGUUUGUAUUUUAGUGCCAUCACUCGGUGUAUCUUCCUUACCAAAUUGUACUAUGUGAAGCAAAUGAAGUGUACUCACUGAA